ACAAGACAACACAUAGCCAAAAAAAUCUUUUGGGUAUCGUUUUGAAUUUCAAAGACGCUCUCGUCCUUUCCCAAAAUAUUUCAAACACCCGCCUCUUCAGUAUUUCGUUUCCCACUCUUUUUAUUCCCAAUUCUCUAGAACCUUCCUCUCUCUCCAUCUCUCAAAAUCUCGGAAACACCAUUUUCUCACUCUCUGAUCUUUUUUCCCCCAAAAAUGGCGCGUGACAUCCAACUCCCCUGCGACGGCGACGGCGUAUGCAUGCGAUGCAAAUCCAACCCUCCGCCUGAAGAAUCUCUCACUUGCGGCACGUGCGUUACACCGUGGCACGUGUCCUGUCUCUCUUCACCUCCCAAAACCCUAGCUUCCACUCUACAGUGGCAUUGUCCUGAUUGCUCCGGCGAAAUCGAUCCUCUUCCUGUUUCCGGCGGUGCUACUGGUUUCGAAUCUGCUGGGUCAGAUCUUGUAGCUGCGAUUCGUGCGAUUGAGGCUGAUGAGUCGUUGAGUACUGAAGAGAAAGCUAAGAUGAGGCAACGGUUACUGAGUGGUAAAGGUGUUGAGGAGGAUGAUGAAGAAGAGAAGAGGAAGAAGAAGGGGAAAGGGAAGAAUCCGAAUCUGGAUGUGUUAUCUGCUCUUGGAGAUAACUUGAUGUGUUCUUUCUGUAUGCAGUUGCCUGAGAGACCUGUGACGAAACCAUGUGGGCACAACGCUUGCUUAAAAUGUUUUGAGAAAUGGAUGGGGCAGGGAAAGAGAACUUGUGGUAAAUGCCGCAGCAUAAUUCCUGAAAAAAUGGCUAAGAAUCCCCGUAUCAACUCGUCUCUUGUUGCUGCCAUUCGAUUAGCAAAAGUCUCUAAAAGUGCUGCUGCGACCACUUCAAAGGUCUUUCAUUUCAUCAGCAACCAAGACCGACCAGAUAAAGCAUUUACAACCGAGCGUGCAAAGAAAACUGGCAAGGCAAACGCUGCUAGUGGAAAGAUUUAUGUUACAAUACCACCAGAUCAUUUUGGUCCUAUUCCAGCUGAAAAUGACCCUGUCAGGAACCAAGGUCUUUUGGUUGGAGAAUCCUGGGAGGACAGACUCGAGUGUAGGCAGUGGGGUGCUCAUUUCCCACAUGUUGCUGGCAUUGCUGGACAAUCUACUUAUGGCGCUCAAUCUGUAGCACUCUCUGGAGGUUAUAAGGAUGAUGAGGAUCAUGGAGAAUGGUUUCUAUACACAGGAAGUGGGGGUAGAGAUCUCAGUGGCAACAAAAGGACUAACAAGGAGCAGUCUUUUGACCAAAAGUUUGAGAAGUCUAAUGCAGCAUUAAAACUCAGCUGCAAAUUGGGGUAUCCUGUUCGAGUUGUCAGGUCUCACAAGGAGAAGCGUUCUGCAUACGCCCCUGAGGAAGGAGUGAGAUAUGAUGGGGUUUACAGGAUUGAGAAGUGCUGGCGCAAAGUUGGAGUACAGGGUUCUUUUAAGGUCUGUCGUUACCUGUUCGUUAGAUGUGACAAUGAGCCAGCUCCAUGGACCAGUGAUGAGAAUGGAGAUCGUCCAAGACCUAUCCCUAAUAUUCCAGAGCUUAAUAUGGCCACCGACCUGUUUGAGAGAAAAGAAACUCCAUCAUGGGAUUUUGAUGAAGGUGAGGGUUGUUGGAAAUGGAUGAAGCCGCCACCUGCAAGUAAAAAGUCAGUGAAUGUUUUGGCUCCUGAGGAGAGGAAAAAUUUGAGGAAAGCCAUAAAGGCGGCACACUCGAAUACCAUGAGGGCAAGACUUCUGAAAGAAUUUAAGUGCCAGAUCUGUCAGCAAGUGUUGACUCUUCCUGUGACAACACCCUGUGCUCAUAACUUCUGCAAGGCUUGCUUAGAAGCGAAAUUUGCUGGGAAAACUCUUGUGAGAGAGAGAAGCACAGGUGGACGGACACUACGCUCAAGGAAGAAUGUCCUGAACUGCCCUUGUUGCCCAACAGACAUAUCUGAUUUUCUGCAGAACCCUCAGGUCAACAGAGAAGUAGCGGAGGUGAUAGAGAAGCUAAAGACCCAGGAAGAGGACACCGCAGAGCUUGAAGAUGAAGAUGAAGGUGAAUGCUCAGGCACCACCCCUGAAGAAGAUUCUGAGCAACCGAAGAAAAGGAUCAAGUUGGACACUGACGCAACAGUUUCUGCGACCAUCAGGUGAAGUUGGUACCAAAGAACUCUUUAGUAAAAAAAAACUCUAGUGCCUUAUUUUGUACGCAAUAUUUGUGGAACGUACCUAUUGCGAUGUGUUAUUUUGGAUCUUACAACAACUAAGUUAUUAAUAUGGAACGUAAACUAUGGUUCUCAGGUUUUCAAUUUUUCUCUUAUUUUGGUGUCUCUGGUUUAUAACUCGGAUAGGUUGGUUUUGAUAAUACCAUCAGGUUCGACUGAGUUAAUUUAAUCAGCAAAUUCAAAAAACAUGUUCAUCAUAUGUACAUUUUAG